UCUCAUUCUCAUUCUCUCCUUAUUUCAAAUCUAACCUGCUGGAAGUUAAAGAAUGAGUAGCACAGCAAUAAGUUGUUUGGUUAUGACACUUUGCUUCACUUUGUUCGCGCAUUCGACUUAUUCGCAAAAUAUAUCAUCUUUCAAUGUUCAGAAACUGGGAGCCAAGGCCGACGGUACGCUAGACGCGUCACAGUUUUUUCUCACUGCUUGGCGCUUGGCCUGCGCUUCUAAUAAUUCCGCCCAGGUGUACGUUCCACCCGGGCGGUACUUGAUCAGCACUGCCGUAGUCUUUAGCGGCUACUACUGCAAGAGGACUAUGGUGAUGCGCAUUGAUGGCACCAUCGUAGCUCCCACGAAUUAUAAUCUCAUUGCCAAUUCCGAAAACUGGAUCAAGUUCGACAAUGUCAGAGGACUGUAUAUCACUGGUGGAACCUUGGAUGCUCAAGGAGCCGCGCUAUGGGCUUGCAAAGCCUCCGGCAAAACCUGCCCACAAGGCGCAACGAGCGUAGGAUUCUACAGCUCAAGAAACAUUGUGGUGAGUGGACUAAGGUCAAUUAACAGCCAAAUGUUUCAUAUGAUCGUGUAUAAAUGCAAUAACACGAAGCUACAAGGAAUCAAGAUUUCAGCCCCUGCGGAUAGUCCCAACACCGACGGCAUUCACGUACAAUUGUCGACGGGAGUCAGCAUACUGAGUUCUCAAAUUGGUACCGGUGAUGAUUGUAUCUCGAUUGGACCUGGCACUGUUAACACAUGGAUCGAAAGCGUUUCCUGCGGCCCUGGUCACGGCAUCAGUAUCGGGAGUCUUGGCUGGGAUUUGCAAGAACCCGGAGUCCAGAAUCUGACAGUCAAAACAGUUACUUUACGCGAUACUGACAAUGGUCUCCGAAUAAAGACAUGGGCAAGGUCGAGCACCGGAUUUGUUAAGAACGUUCUAUUUCAGCACAUUGCGAUGGGGAAUGUCAGAAACCCGAUUCUAAUUGAUCAAGACUACUGUCCUAACAAUUUAAAUUGCCCCGGCCAGGUAUCGGGCGUAAAAAUAAGCAAUGUGAUAUAUCAAGAUGUUCACGGAACAUCUGCAACACCGGUAGCAUUGAGUUUGCAGUGCAGCAGAGAUUAUCCUUGCAGUGGAAUAAGGUUAGAAGAUGUGGUGCUAACUUACAACGGUCUGCCCACGACGGCGUCAUGCUCUUAUGCGGCAGGAACAGCUUCCGGCGUUAUGAAUCCCACCAGCUGUUUAUAAAUAAAGAAGCGGCUGAGUUGAAUAUAUAUAUUUGUACAGAAAGAUUAGGCAAAGUACAAAAAAUAAAAAAGAAAAUGAUUAGUAUACUCCCAUCGGAAUUCAGUUAGCCAGGUACAGGAGUAUAUUACAUUUACAAGUUAUUGUAGAUUUCAAUCGGCAAGUUUUAAU